AGUCCCCCAGUCCCAUUACGACAAGCCCCGUCUCCCUCUACAACAAGCUUCGCCUCCCCGAGCGCUUUUCUCUGUGAGGAGAUGGCUGUCUCUCUCAAUCAACCCCUAAACUUUGCCUGCUGGUUCAUACUCAACAGUACGCAUAGUUUUGCUCGGGUAAGUAGAUAUUGGCAUAAGAACAUCGCUCCGGUGAGCAGACAUGUGCAUCAAAUCAUGGCCUUGCAUUUGAGCCCGUUCUGGAUUCAGCUUUCUUAUUUUGUUUCUCUUGCCUUGCUGGGUUCUCUAGUCCUGAUGAUACUUAAGCCAAGCAACCCUGCCUUCAGUCCUAGGUACGUCGACAUGCUAUUCAUGUCCACAUCUGCAGUGACGCUCUCGAGUCUCUCGAGCGUCGAAAUGGAGAAUUUUUCGAGCUCUCAAAUUGCCGUCCUCACCCUUUGGAUGUUCUUAGGAGGGGAGGUAUUCGUUUCCCUGCUCGGCCUUCUGCUGAGAAAAGAUGAUCGGUAUGGCGACCCAGGCACUGCCGAUAAUAGAGUUGAUCCAGUCGUCGACGCAGAACUUGAGUCUACGGAUCCUUCAAAUGCCGUUGACCGCAUGGAGUUGGGUCCUGCAGUUAUCGGUUCGGACGCUUCUCUGAGUGAUGGCAAGGAUUUGAGGCUUCGUUCUGUGACAUACUUGGGCUAUGUGGUGAUGGUUUAUCUUCUUCUGAUUCAUGUCGCCGGCUCUCUAUCGAUUUUAUUAUACAUGGCUUCCGUUUCGAGCGCAAGGGAUGUGUUAAAGAGAAAGGGCAUUCAUGUUUUCCUCUUCUCCUUGUCUACUACCGUUUCUUCUUUUGCGAAUGCGGGCUUCAUACCGACGAACGAGAACAUGGCGAUCUUCAAAACGAACCCAGGUCUCCUACUCCUGAUAAUUCCUCAAAUUCUCGCCGGCAAUACGCUGUUCCCUCUGUUCCUCGGAUUGGUGAUAUGGGCCUUGAUGAGGCUCUCUGGAGCUGCAGAAUUCGAGUAUCUAUUGAAGAAUUCAAGAGAGAUCCGGUUCCGUCAUUUGCUUCCUAAACUGCGAACUGCUUUCCUGUCUCUCACCGUUCUUUCGUUUAUAGCGGCUAUGGUCGUGCUCUUUUGCUCCCUCGACUGGAGCUCGGCAGUAUUCGAUGGAUUGAAUCCAUAUCAGAAAAUCGUCAGCGCCUUAUUCAUGGCGGUGAAUACCAGGCACGCCGGUGAAAACUCCAUCGAUGUCUCCCUCGUCUCUCCAGCAGUUCUGGUGUUAUUCAUCGUCAUGAUGUACCUUCCGUCUUCCACAACCUUUCUACCCAUUCAAGAGGAUGACACAAGCUCCGUGGGAAAUAAGAAAAGCAAGAGAAAAAGAUGGUUGGUGCAGAACCUAAUAUUGUCGCCUCUCUCCUAUAUCGUCAUCUUCGUCAUUGCCAUCAGCAUCAUUGAGAGAAGAAAGCUAUCCAGAGACCCACUAAAUUUUUCCAUUUUGAACAUAAGCUUCGAAGUGAUGAGUGCAUACGGAACAGUCGGGCUCUCAACAGGCUAUAGCUGUGCCCGAUUGCUGCAACUACAUCCUGAUGUCAAAUGUCAGGACAAGUUAUAUAGUUUUGUGGGGGCAUGGAGUGACGAGGGGAAGCUGAUUUUGGCUUUCGUCAUGCUUUAUGGGAGGCUUAAGAAGUUCAGCUGGGGAGGUGGGAAAGCUUGGAAGAUAAUUUAAGCUAUGAAGAAAAUCCUCUUUCCUACAGAUGAAGAAAAUCCACACAGGGAAUGGCCCAGAGCUAUUGAACUGCGGAAAAGACUCUGCAGAGUACAUCUACGAGUGCCAGGAGGAUCACCCAAGUAGUGUUUGGAUUGCACUAAGUGCACUGAAAAAUACUAGAGAACAACCAAGAUGGAAGGUUAAGAAAGAGGCAAGGGAUGCUCUUUCCAAGCUCCUAGCUGGUAUCAUAAUCAAUUUACCAGUCUAUCCUGUAAAUUCAACAAAUAUUUUUGUUUUCUGAGAAACCCCCAAACUAUCUUUACAUUGUAAUAUUUUCAGGCAUAUGAAUGAAUUGCAAGAUUCAUAACAAAGUUCAUGAAA